CAGCAAGCGAUUCGCUUUAGUUCUCCGAGACGUUGGAAUUGCGUCUUUGCAUUUGUUUGUCGUCCUCGAUUUUAUAAUCGUGAAAUAAUUGAAAAUUAUAAAUAAUUUCUUUUAAUCGUGUUUCCAAGAAGAUGAGCAUAUUGUCGAAGUUUGAAAACGAUGGCUACGUUGUCUUGGAAAAUUUCCUUUCGCUUGACGAGGUGGAAGAGCUCAGAGCCGCUGGUGAAGCAUUCACGACAAACUUGCCACCGGAAAAUGAAAGAAGAGUUUUCGAUAGUAUAAACUUUCCUCAAAACAAGGAUCUAUACUUCCUUGAUAGUGCCCAUAAGAUGAGCUACUUCUUCGAGCCCGGAGCUCUGGACCUUGAUGGAAAACUCAAAGUUGACCCUAAAAUAUCGUUGAACAAGGUGGGGCAUGCUCUUCACUGGCUACACCCAACGUUUAAAAAAAUCUCUUUCGACGAAAGAGUCAAGGAUGUUGCACGAAAGCUAAAUUUCCAAGAACCUGCAAUUUGUCAAUCGAUGUACAUUUACAAAAAUCCCGGUAUUGGUUCUCAAGUGACCAUACACCAGGACGUAACGUAUCUGUAUACGGAACCCUCGCGACUCCUAGGCUACUGGAUAGCGCUGCAGGACUCUACGCUGGAGAACGGAUGUUUAUGGUUAGCGCCAGGGUCUCACAAAGGUGAAGUACACUGGAGGUACAUGCGGAACAAGGACCCAAAGUCCAACGAAUUACUCGUCUAUGACACGAAGACGCCCUGUUGGCCCCAGAGCAACUUCAAGGCCGUACCGGUGAAGCAAGGAACCUGCGUGCUUUUACACGGCCAAAUAAUCCACUAUUCGGAACCUAACAAAAGCCAGAAAUCCCGCCAUGCGUAUACGAUCCACGCAUACGAAACGAAAAAUGUACAAUUUUCCAAAGAAAACUGGAUACAACCCCCUCAUCCCGAGGGGUUUCCUUUGUUGUAUAAAAAUUAACAUCUUUCGAGGCAGGCUUUAAAUU